AUGGUUGAUCCCAGCGAAAGUGAGGCGCUCUAUGAGGAGAUUUCGCUAGAGAAUAUGUCACUGAGUUCGGUACAACCUGUGUUAUCUAACAGUGCUCAAGAUGAUGGGAAAGGGGGAGAUCAACAGGUUGAGGAUGCUCAAGAUGAAGGUGAAAUAUCAGGCGAAGAAUUGGCAAAUCCCGUUUUGGAUCCAUACUUUGUUGCCUGCCAAAAGGGUGAUCUGAAAACUGUGAAAGAGAUGAUUGAGAAUGGGCUUGUAAACAUUAACGAAGAUCAUGAUCCAGUCGAGAAAGUGACUGGGCUUCAUUGGGCCAGUAUAAAUAAUCGACUUUCUGUAGUAGCUCAUCUGGUUGCCUGCGGUGCAGAUGUCAAUGCAAAGGCCGGAGCAUUGCGCGCCCCACCGCUACAUUGGGCAGCUCGAUAUGGCUACGUUUACAUUGUGGAUUAUCUGCUGGAGCAUGGUGCGGAUCCUACUUUGAAGGACGAGCAAGGUUUUAAUCUGUUGCACCUGGCAGUCACCAGCUCGAACAUUAUGCUUGUGCUUUACGUGCUGUUCUUCGUUGUUAGCAAGGGUAUCAUAGAUGUCGAUUGUCAGGAUCCUAAUGGUCGUACACCGUUGUUGUGGGCCGCCUAUCAAGGUGAUUCACUCACAGUGGAGGCUUUACUGCGGUUUGGUGCCUAUCCAAAGGUGCCCGAUUCGGGUGGAUUCACGUCUUUACAUUGGGGCACUUUGAAGGGCCAACCGCAUGUGCUUAUGUAUUUGAUUCAGAAAGGAGGAGAUUUUUUCCAAAAGACAAACGAUGGCAAAGACUGUUUUGCGAUAGCACAAGAGAUGAACACGACUUAUUCACUGAACGAGGCAUUGAACCAUUGUGGAUUUGAUUCUCAAGGAUAUCCCCUGAAGAAACUAUUCGAGAAGAGCUACCAUGCUAAACUGGUCACUUUUUUUACGCCUUGGGUUUUCCUUGCCGUGGUUUUUGGUCUGUUUACCCAAAUUCACCCGCUCCUGGCUCUCCCAGUGACCAUAGUUUUUGCUCUUGCGACUAGCAAAGCACUCAAUAAAUUUGUAUUAACAUCAUUUGAAGUGGAUGGUGUUUCGCAAUUGACGCUUUUGAAAACGCCUUUAUAUGCUGGAGUAUUUUCGGGCAGCCUGUUUUUGGCGACCGUUGUAUGGAUACGAAAGAUACUCCCCUGGACACUACUUGAAGAAUUUUGGGCCAAUGUGAUUCUUGCUAUGUCGUUGCUUGCCAUCACUUAUCAUUUCAUCAAGCUGCUUCAGGCAGAUCCCGGUAGUAUUCCACCAGAAAGAGACUAUGAAGCUGUUAGACAAACCACAAGUGAGCUUCUCAAGUCAGGGAAAUUUGAUACGAGACAUUUCUGCAUCGAAAGCUGGGUUAGAAAACCGCUUAGAAGCAGGUACUCGACUUUUAAUAAGACACUCGUUGCCCGUUUUGAUCACUAUUGUCCUUGGGUUUACAACGAUGUCGGUCUGAAGAACCACAAGCGAUUCAUAUUUUUCAUUGGUCUACUUGAGAUUGCGAUUUGCAUCUUUGCAAGUUUAUGUAUGGAAUACUUCGAUGAGUUGGAAGACAGCAAAGAGGAUUAUAACGGCGAACUGAAGUGUUUCUGGUUGAUCGGCGAUGAGCUCUGCGCAGGAUUGAACUUCGAUUUAUUCACGACAUUAGUUUUACUAUGGGCAGUUUUCCAGGCAAUAUGGGUUGGAUUUCUCAUCCUAGUGCAGGCGUUUCAAAUAUUUAAAGGCGUCACAAACUAUGAAUUCAGCAAAGUAAUGAGGGACAGAAAGCGCAUGAACAUGAGUAACGCAAACUUCAACGAAGUUUUCAGCACAGCGCCGGAGGAUCUUGAUCAAGAUUCAAACAAGAGCCCGUCGGACUCAAUCCCAGCCACUGACUCUACUAACGACCAAACUCGAUUGGAACCUCGUAAUAGCACUACAAGGAGAUGCUUUGGCACUUUCUGCGCCAUCACCGGCAUGGACCAAUGGCUAAUCGUGCUGAAAGAGGCUAUUGGAAUCUCCCGUAACGCCUUGGGAACUCCCAACUCCUCGGCCCUCUCCUUACCAACAAAUUACGGGUGGAGAACAAAUUUGAAGGAUUUCUGGCUCAAUAGUGACAGGACAGCACCUUUGUGGCAGAGAAUAUUCUAUACGCCCCGAACUUCCAAAGCAUUGUUGGCAGGCAAGGAGGUCGAUUACGACAAGCUAUAUUCAUAUCCAGAGAAAUAA